AUGGCUGCCAACGAUCUUCGGGGCUGGGUGAUGAGCGCCGUCUCAGGCGUCGCCUGUGUCCUCGGGUCGGCCGUCAUCUGCGCCGACCUAGUCUUGCGCCGGGUCACCCAUGACAAAAGAUUCCAGAUCGCCAACAGCAAUAACUUCCUAUCGGCAUCGCUGUGUCUCAGCGCCGGAGUAAUGCUUUUUACCUCGCUUUACAGUAUGCUGCCAACCUCCAAAGAUUACCUUACGCGCGCUGGGUUCUCCCCGUCCAUCUCCGCCUACAUCUUGACCGGUCUAUUCAUCGGAGGUGUGGUUGUCAUUCGUGUCGCAUCUGGUUUUCUCCACCGCUUCAUUCCAUCACACGUGGUGGACUGUGCCCACACCCACAGCGGCCCGGAGGAGGAUCCCGAGCGCGGCGAGCAAAUGCAAGAAUGCGACGACCGACAGGACAGUGCGAAUGCCAACGGCAGUACGGAGCGAACGCCGCUCUUGCGGCCCCCAAACGCUCAGUCGUCUAAAUCGACGCCGGCAGUGCUACAGCGGACGGCGCCGGCGUUCAAUACCCCGAGGCGGGAAUCGCUGCGGGCAGUCAUAUCGCGGCGCAUCAGCUCUCUCAUGGGUGGUGUUAAGCCCCACUGCGACGAGAAUGGGCCUUGCUACGGCUUUUCGCAGACCUGCGGCCGUGAAUGCACCAAGGUUCUCGGGCCAAAUAUCGCCCCGCCACCAACGAUGAGCGCGAAUGAGGUCACCCGGCCUAAGCUGGCGCCACAGCCCCAGAGCAUCGCGGUACAGCUGAGCUCGGAGCACCAGAGAGAGCUGGAUCCCAGCCUCGACUCGGUUGAGACAGCUACAGAUACCGGGUACUUCAACGGGAUCUCAACGCAGCAUGUCAUUCACUCGGCGGCGAGUUCGUCGUCUUCCUCCCAUACCCAAAAAGUACAUUCUGAUCAUACACAUCACUCGGAUAUAACGAACCACAACCACGAGCAUCCUCAUGAAACUCACCACCACCAGCCUGGGGACCAUCAAAAAUCCCCAGGCUCGGGCCCAUCCAACCCCGGCGUUGAUCCCACGCACCACCACCAUGUUCCGCAAAACGCAUUCCUCUCCAUUGGCCUGCAGACAUCCCUCGCCAUUGCCCUGCACAAGCUGCCUGAGGGCUUCAUCACCUAUGCCACCAAUCACGCAAGUCCCACUCUCGGGCUGACCGUGUUUCUUGCCCUUUUCAUCCAUAACAUCGUUGAGGGCUUCGCCAUGGCGCUGCCUCUAUACCUGGCUCUGAACUCGCGCUGGAAAGCCAUGUUCUGGUCCAGUCUACUCGGAGGUAUAAGCCAGCCAGCUGGUGCCGGCCUCGCCGCGCUGUGGAUCUGGGGUUCCGGACACACCGGGCUUGACUCGACUGGUCCGUCGUGGGGCGUCUACGGAGGCAUGUUCGCUGUUACCGCCGGUGUGAUGACUUCUGUCGCCCUGCAGCUUUUCACCGAAGGCCUGGGUCUGACGCACCACCGCAGUAUGGGUAUGGGGUUUGCGGUUGCUGGGAUGGGAUUGAUGGGAUUCAGCUUUGCCUUGACGGCUUGA